AUGGCAUGGUCCAUGGAGGCGGUGAUGCUGCCGGCGAGCAUGGUGCUGGUGCAGGCCUUCACCAUGGGCGCCCUGCUCCUGUCGAAGCUGGCGCUGAACGUGGGAAUGGAGCCCUUCGUCCUCCUCGCGUACCGCAACCUCAUCGGCGCCAUCGUCGUCGCUCCCUUCGCCUUUUACUUUGACAGGUCCAUGGUGCCAAAGGUGACCUUCAAGGUGUUGGGGUGGAUGUCCAUCAGCGCGCUCUUCAGCAUCGUCCUCGCCAUGGGUCUCCACUACUACGGCCUCCGCGCCACCACGGCCGCCAUCUCCGUCAACUUCCUGAACCUCAUCCCCGUGGUGACCUUCCUGAUGGCGGUGCUGCUCCGCGUGGAGAAGCUGGCGGCGGGGACGUGGGCGGGGCGGGCGAAGAUGGCCGGCACGGCCGUGUGCGUGGGCGGCACCAUGGUGGCCAGCCUCUACAGGGGCCCGCUGCUGCACCCGUGGCCGACGCACCUGCUCCGGCACCGCGCCGCCACGGCCCCGCACCACCACCGCAACAUGCCGCUCGGCACCGUGUACCUGUGCGGCAGCUGCCUCGCCUACGCUCUCUGGUUCAUCGUGCAGGCCAGGGUGGGCAGGGUGUUCCCCUGCAAGUACCUGUCCACGCUGCUGGCCUGCGUCUGCGGCACCGUCCAGGCGCUCGCCAUCGGCGCCGUCAUCAGCAGGGGCGACCCGGCGUCGUGGCGCCUGUCGUGGGACCUGCGCCUCGUCACCGUCGUCUACUCGGGGGUGUUCAACACCGCCGCCACAUUCUGCCUCAUCUCCUGGGCCAUCACGAGACGAGGGCCCAUCUACCCGUCCAUGUUCAACUCCCUCUCGCUGGUGGCCACCACCGUGCUCGACUCGCUGCUGCUCGGCACCGACGUCUCCGUCGGCAGCCUGCUCGGCGACGUGCUCAUCAUCCUCGGACUCUACGGUUUCCUCUGGGGCAAAGGCAAAGAGAUGAAGCACCUCAAACAGCAGCAGCAGCUCAACGGGAACGUCGACGGGACGACGAUGAUGUCGAUCAGAACCAACGGCGGCACCACCACUACUAACAACAACGCCGACGACGACCGCGUGUAG